AUGGAUGUCUCAAAGGAAAUCAAGGACCCCGAGCAUGUCUCGGCCAAUGCCUCUGCUGUCGACCGAGAUGACAGCGACUCGGAGCACAAUGGCAAGAAGCCUGUUCCUAUGAGCAUGAAGAUCCUGUCGGUCGUCGUCAAACUGCACAUUACCAACACGCAGUAUGCUGUUCUUGACACAAGUGAGAACUUCAUCAAGACUGCUCUGAUCUUGAUCGCCGGCGUUCUCACAGACCGCUAUGGAGGUGCAAGCACCAUGCUCUGGGGCAACGCCAUCUUCAGCGUCGGCGCCAUCCUCGUCGCAGCAGCCACCACAGUCCGAAGCUACAAGUUCAUGAUCGGCGGCGUCAUCGUCCAAGCCUUUGGCGAUGUAGCAACACAAGUCGCCCAGUACAAGAUCUUCUCCUCCUGGUUCCCACCAUCAUCCGGUUUCGCCUCUACUCUCGCGUUCGAACUCGGCAUCGGCAAGAUCGGUUCCUUCGUCGGAAAGGCCACAGCAAACGUCAUUUCCAAGAACCUGGGCGACUUUAGCUGGGCAUACUGGAUGGCUGUCUUUAUGAACCUCUUCACCAACGUCGCCACCCUCUUCUUCUGGUGGUUCACCCGCUGGUGCGAGAAGCGCUACGCUGGAACUCGCGACCCGGCUACUGGAGAGAAGCUUACUGAGAACAACAAACAGUUUGAGAUUGGCAAGAUGCUUCGUCUUCCCUGGAGUUUCUGGCUCGUCUGCCUAUUCUCCCUGUUCCAGACUUCGACAGCCAGCAUUUUCUCUUCCAACGGUACCGAACUCGCAGAACAACGCUUCAAGAUCUCGGCUGUGCAAGCAGGAUGGUACUCGGCCAUGUCGCAGUAUCUGGGCUUCUUCUUCGUACCACUUGUGGGCAUAUUCAUCGACUUUCUUGGACAGCGUCUUACCGUCAUGCUCAUAUGCGGCCUAGGAAUGCUGCUCUCGAUGUGCCUCGCAGCUUGGGGCCCAACAGUCGGUGGAACAGCAGCCAGCUUUGGCAUCUAUGCCAUUGCUUCUUCAUUCGGGCCUACCGUCAUCAUCGACAGCAUCCGUACCAGCAUGUGGUAUCAAGAAGUCUUCGGAUCCGGGUACGCCAUCAAGAUCGCCAUCAACAACAGCAUGACCAUUAUCGUCGGUGUCAUCGCUGGUGCCAUCCAGGACCGUGACAACGACAGCUACAAGAACGUCACUGUGCUGUACGUCACUCUUGCAGCUGGUUCAGUGAUUGUUGCUGCCAUCAUGAUGACCAUUGGCUACAUGACCGACACCAUCGGCUUCCUGCAAUGGAGCCGCAAGAAGAGAGUCAACAACGGACACAUCAUCAACACAAAGAAGGAGGAAUACGAGUCCUCUGAGCGUGCUGAGUGGCACCGCAAGCUUGGUCUCAUCAACUUUGGAGCCGUCAUUGUGCUUGUUCUUGGUGCGUGGGCUGCUUACUUCUGGGGAUUGGCAACUGGAAACCACUCUUAG